UGUUGACUAGAAAUGCGUGACAACAACAACAACACAACAAUUAAUUGUAUUAUAAUAACAAACAUAACGUAAUUAAAGCCAUUUUGUUAAUCACUUAUUACCGAUGUUUUGACCAAAAAUCGGUACCAAUUUAGUGAUCAAUUGGUGACCACAUUAUUGAUAUUAAUUAUUGAAUUAUUAGUAAACCAAUUGAUCCAUAAUUUUAUGUGUUAUCACGUGUUUUAUACUUAAUGUUUGUCUAAAUUGGUUAUCGCUAUCGCAUUCAUCCAUAGAUUAUCAAAAAGAGUUUACCAUUUACUCUGAAGAUGUCAUCAAAUGUGUUCAAUACGAUGGACGACGAAGAAGACGUCGAACAACUAAGACUAAUGGCUCUCAAGUCAAUGACUCAAAAGAGGGAACAAAGUUCUGUGACAAGAAAUGAAUGGGAAAAGUCUUCAGUUGAGAAGAAGCGCACAAUUAAUGGCAAAACUCAGAACAACUUGAAGUACACGAAGAAUAAUAUGAGAAAAAAUGGUUCAUUAAAUGCAAAUCUAAUUGUUUUGACAAACAAUUGUGACAAACAACCUAUUGAUUCAAAAACAAAUAGUUUUACUGAAAUUAAAGACUCUAAGACUAAUGACAUUAAUAAAGGAAGUGUUGGUCCCGAGAGAUUCAAUCGGUGGGAAAGGGAUGAUAGUGACGACACCGAUGAGGACAGUGAUGAUAAUAUUGAUGAUUGUGGGGUUUCUAGAGGUGCCACCAAUUAUGAUGAAACAACAAACGAUGAGAUUAUUUCUAAUUUAUCAUCAAAUGAUACCAACGAUAACACAAUAACUAAGAUAUCAGACUUAAAUGAAACAAUUGUUGAGUCAAAACAUUCAGAAAGUGCACAAACUAUUGAAUUAAAUAAUACUGAGACAUAUGUGAUGAGUAGUCCUGUCAUCGAUGAUAAAUGUGAAAGAGUUAAGACCAACGAUAAGAUAAGACUCAACUCUAAUAAUGGUGUCUCAGAAUUAUCAGCAUUUGAAAGAAGAAGAUUAAAAUUUGGACAAACAAUUGAAUGUAACAGUCAUUGUGGUAUAACUGCCAUCACUAGCGAGUCAUCUGAUUUAUCCAUUAAUGAUACAAAUAUUAAAAAUAAUAAUAUUAAAAGUCGUUUGGAUUUGAAUUAUGCAAACAAACGAAAACGUACGACAAAUCAUUCAUCAAAUGAUAGACAUUCAAACAAAGCCACCGGAAGUGAUGACAGACGUCAAUCAAGACAACGAACGAUCCAAAGAACGAAUUUCAACGAUGAUAACGACGAUUGUGAUAUGUCAUCAAAGAAAAGGUUACGCUCUUUAGUGGUAAUGAAGUGAUUGAGCAGUUUUUAAGGUAUUGUUAAAUUGUGUUUUAAAUGAAAUACAUUUCAUUUGUCAGCCAAUUGGGAUUAUAAUGAUCGUCAAA